AUGGCAAACCAAUACACCUUCACCAUCCCCCUCCACGAAACCGGCAACGAAGACAGCGCCUAUCGAAUGACCAACCUCCCCAACGAAGAACAACGUCACUAUCUCAUUCACCGCACCUACCAUCGCUCCGACCGGAUCGUCAAAGGCCGACUCCAGCACGUCAUCCACGGAAAUCUUCAUCCCGAUGAUCACGUCUCCAACGCAACUCUCAUAGUCGCCAAAUUUGAAUUUCUCGGACAGACUCUCGAUCGUCGAUUCAAAUACGCGCGGAUCAAAUGGGAUUUUGCUUAUGCGGACAUGGAUGAUGAUGAUGAGGAUGGGGAUGGCGAUACACCCGAAGUCAGAAAAGUCUCGCUGGAUGGACAAUACGUUAUGAAUGAGUCGGUAGUCUCACUGAGUAAGGAGGUUCGUGGGGAUGCAGGGGUACAGGGUGGUGGGGUCGUUACGGCGAGUAUAGGAACUGGGUGGACGCGGUCGCAGAGUGCGGAGGUGAAGGAUCACAUCUCGAUCUUUGGGACGAGCCUUUUUACGAACCGGUUGUGUGGGGAGCCGAAUGGCGCUCAGUGGGUUUUGGAGGAGAAUGCUAGUCAGAGGAGUGGGAUUCCUGGGGCGAUUACGACGGCGGUGCUGUUGCGGAGGGAUCCGGGGAGAGUGUUUGUCGGGACAAUUGAGGUGAAAGCUGAGAUGGGGAGGUUUAAUAAGAUUGAAGAUUGGCUGGGGAAGAAGCCUAGAGUUGAUCCGGUGGUGUUUAAUCCGGCUUUACCACCUACUACUAAGGUGUAUGAUGCCCAGCAUCUGGAUGCUGUGGAUUUGGAUGCUAUCCCGGCUGUGGUGCUGCAUACGUCUCUGCCAGUCGCGCAAUAG